AUGGGUGAAGGUGGUGCUGGGAGUGAGGAAGGAGUCGGGAAGGAGUGUCAUCCCGGCCUGCCUCCCCUCUGCCCCUCCGUAUCACCAAGUGCCCAGCCCUGGACACACCCUGGCCAGAGCCAGCUGUUUGCAGACCUGAGCCGAGAAGAACUGACGGCUGUGAUGAGCUUUCUGACCCAGAAGCUGGGACCAGGCCUGGUGGAUGCAGCUCAGGCCCAACCCUCAGACAACUGCAUCUUCUCGGUAGAGCUGGAGCUGCCCCCCAAGGCUGCAGCCCUGGCCCACCUGGACAGGGGGAGCCCCCCGCCUGCCCGGGAGGCACUGGCCAUCGUCUUCUUUGGUGGACAACCCCAGCCCAAUGUGACUGAGCUGCUGGUGGGGCCGCUGCCGCACCCCUCCUACCUGCGGGAUGUGACUGUGGAGCGUCACGGGGGCCCCCUGCCCUAUCACCGACGCCCCGUGCUGGGAACUGAGUCUGCCCAGAUGUGGAAGCAUUUGAAAGAGGUGGAGCUCCCCAAGGCACCAGUCUUCCUGGCGUCUGUCUUCAACUACAGUGGCUCCACUUUGGCAGCUCUGCACGCCACCCCUCGUGGCUUGCGCUCAGGAGACCGUGCUACCUGGAUAGCCCUCUACCAUAACAUCUCAGGUGUUGGGAUUUUCCUGCACCCUGUGGGGCUCGAGCUACUGCUGGACCACCGGGCCCUGGACCCUGCCCGCUGGGCUGUCCAGCAGGUCUUCUACCUUGGGCACUACUAUGCAGACUUGGGUCAGUUGGAAUGGGAGUUUAAGGCUGGCCGGCUGGAAGUGGUUAGAGUUCCUCUACCCCUGCCAGUUGGGGCCUCAUCGCUGCGCUCGCGGGUCUCCCCAGGUCCUCUUCCCCCUCUUCAGUUCUCACCUCAGGGCUCCCGGUACAGUGUGCAAGGGCACCGAGUGGCGUCGUCCCUUUGGACGUUUACCUUUGGCCACGGAGCUUUCAGUGGGCCAAGGAUCUUUGACAUCCGAUUCCAGGGAGAACGGCUGGCUUACGAGAUCAGCCUCCAAGAGGCCUUGGCUGUCUAUGGUGGAAAUUCUCCUUCUGCUGUGAGAGGCCGGGACGCAGAUGGCAACUUUGGUUUGGGCCACUUUUCCACGACCCUGACCCGUGGGGUGGACUGCCCCUAUCUGGCCACCUACGUGGACUGGCACUUCCUUUUGGAGUCCCGAGCCCCCAAGACACUACCUGAUGCCUUUUGUGUGUUUGAGCAGAACCGGGGCCUGCCCCUGAGGCGACACCACUCAGAUUUUCAUUCCCACUAUUUUGGGGGCCUUGUGGAGACAGUGCUGGUCUUCAGAUCUGUGUCGACCUUGCUCAACUACGACUACGUGUGGGAUAUGGUCUUGCACCCCAAUGGGGCCAUCGAAGUCAAAUUCCACGCCACAGGCUACAUCAGCUCGGUGUUCCUCUUUGGUGCUGCCCGAAGAUACGGAAACCAGGUUGGGAAGCACACGCUGGGCACCGUCCACACCCACAGUGCCCACUGCAAGGUGGAUCUGGAGGCAGGUGUGCAGCUUCAGGCAGCAGGAUGGGUCGAUAACCUUGUGGGUCUAAUCCAAAUCCCCUGCAGGUACCAGCUGGCUAUGACCCAGCGGAAGGAGGAGGAGCCCAGAAGCAUCAGCGUCUAUAAUUUGAAUGACCCCUGGACCCCCACCCUGGACUUCACUGACUUCAUCAACAAUGAGACCAUUGCUGGGCAGAGAAGAGAGGAAUGGCCAGCCGAGAGUCUAAAGUGA